GGCGUGUGGCGGCCGGGACUGCGGAUGAAGGAGACCAUCAUGAACCAGGAGAAGCUGGCCAAGCUGCAGGCCCAAGUGCGCAUCGGUGGCAAGGGUACUGCCCGCAGAAAGAAGAAGGUUGUUCACAGAACAGCUACAGCAGAUGACAAGAAACUUCAGUUUUCAUUGAAGAAACUAGGAGUCAACAAUAUUUCUGGAAUUGAAGAGGUAAACAUGUUUACCAAUCAAGGAACAGUCAUUCACUUCAAUAACCCAAAAGUUCAAGCGUCUCUGGCUGCUAACACUUUCACUAUCACUGGCCAUGCUGAGACAAAGCAGCUGACAGAAAUGCUUCCUAGCAUCCUAAACCAGCUUGGAGCUGACAGUUUGACCAGCCUGAGGAGAUUGGCAGAAGCCCUACCCAAGCAAUCUGUGGAUGGAAAAGCACCUCUUGCUACUGGUGAAGAUGAUGAUGAUGAAGUUCCAGAUCUUGUUGAAAACUUUGAUGAAGCUUCGAAGAAUGAGGCAAACUGAACUAAGUGUCACUUUCUGAAUAAAACCGAAACUUGAAAAAGCUACAUGGAGCUGCUGUUUUAUAUUGUGACUGCUUUGAUUUCAUUUCCUGAUGAGAUCUCAAGAUCUGUCACAUUUGGAAACUCCUUGAAUCUGCAGCUCCUUAGUUAAUGCUUGUACACAAUAUUAUUUUUGUGGCCCGAACAGACAUAUGCUUUCAAAUAAGUCAGAUUGCUAACAAAUUUCUGCCUAGACACAUUUUUUGAGUAACUUGUAUACAAGCAAAACCCUAUCUUUAAUGAACUUUGGCAUACAAUAAAAACAUUAAAAAAA